UGUUUUUUUAUUGUUCAACUGUGAGUAGUGUAGAAAACUAUGGUAUAUUUAAUGACUCAUUAAAAUAUGUGCUUGAUUAUUCUAGUAGAUCGGAAGAAACAAAAUAUAUUUUUAUUUCAUUAGUUCUUGCACCAUGCGAGUCGUCCUACGCUGGAUAUUCGUUUAAAAGGAUGUGUAUGAAAAUCGUCUACUUGGAUACUGAAUUGCUUAAAGACGCAAUGCGAAAAGUCGAAAGUGUUCAACACAUACGUACGUUUUAUAGAAAAUCACAUGAAUAUCAACUCGGUGGAAUUGUAUAUGAUUUACGUAAGAAAUUUCAAAGAAUGACUCGUUUAUACAAGAAAUCUUUCGAUCAUAUGAACGACGAAGAUCAUAACCAGCACAUCCGCAGAUGGGUCGAAAUACAUCAAUUGAGCUUAGAGCUAGACAAUCUUAUAAAAGCCACAGUUAGAUAUGAAAAUUCACUCGACCAACAAGAGCAAAAGAAAGCUGCAGCCUACGAAAAGGAACACCCUACUUCCCCAUGGCCUUCAUCUGCAAAACCUAUUAUUCCUUCUAAUUCGGACGAAGACGAUCUAACAGAUUUGGAAAAAAAGAAAAAGAAACCCAAAGGCCUAUUACGUGUAGGCGCCAAACAAUUGCGGCAGAAAGCACCGCGCUGGAGACCAAAAUCAGCCUCAGCGAAAAACAGAAUAAAUGGGUAUGGCGGCUUCGACUCGGAUUAUUAGCAUUACAGAAAUUAUUAAUAUUUACCAAUAUUUCAAAGUUGUUUUAAUAAAUUGUACCCAUAAACGAAGACACAACAAGUGAGUAUUCUAAAUAAUUAAUUAAGAUGCUCAAAUCAUUACCAAUGUACACCAUCCAUAAUUAGAACAGAAUUUAUACUCACCGACACGUGUCACCGUAAAUAUACGUUCCAAGAGAUUGAUUGUAGUGGAUUGUUUCGAGGUGACGAUUUUUGUAACGUACUAAUCAGCUCUAGAACUUUUCUACGCGGUCUUCCCUGAGUGACAUAAAAUGACCUUCUUCGAACUUAAUAUAAUUCUCAUCAGUACGCAGCCACUUUUAGUAUUGCCAUUCCUUCGAUUAAAGUGACUACGAAAAAAAAUCGUUUAAUAACGAUAAUAAUAUGAAAAAGUUUAGUUUAUAAAAGGUGAUCAUUAUUAAGAAUUGGUGAUAGAAAACCGAUAGAAUAAACCCAAGGUGAACGAGAUCGCAGCUCCAUCGAUAUAAAUCUCAUGUUGUAUAAACUCAUGAACCAACAUUUACAAAAUUUCAUAAUACUGAAAGUCGUGUACAUAUUCGUUUAUCAACAACAAAUAAACCGAGGGCGAUGAAAACAAAACAAUUCGAACAUCUUAAUGCCAUUUUCGCCUGCAUACGAACGAAUCUAACUAAAUACAGAACGCGAGGAUACAUCAGUUUACUUUUGGUUAAGAAUUUGUUAUUGUUAGCCAUAUGGGUGCAGGGCGGCGCGAGUUUUUUUUUGUUACGACGAAUUUAAGGCCAUCGUUAAACAAUGGGACACAUGGUUGUUACAUGCCCGUACAUCUGUGGUGAGCACCCUCGGCGGCCAUUGUCAGGUCACGUCAUCGUGAGCCCACGACCAAGGAGUCUUAUUCACAAUUUAAUGUCUAACAGAAACGUAAACCAUUAGCGGAAUAUGCUGCAAACUGAAUUGCAUACAAAGUACACACACAUACGCACACGAAUUGCCCAAACAGACGCACAUAUUACAAAAAUAAUAAUGAUACGAUUACAGUAUGUAUUCUAAUUUUAAAAUUUUCUGAACGAAAUUAAAAAACCAAAAAAAGAAUAAUAAUAAUAAAUAAAGAAUAAGGGAAAUAUAUUUUAAGCUAUCUAAGUAAAAAUCGAUCGAUAUCAGGUAUUUUACGAGUACGGUAAUUUAUAAGUCUAAAGCCUGAAAAUCUGUUGUUUUGAAAUGCAGACCUUAAGUCUAGUAUUAUAUACAUAUAAAGUGCAUAAUGAACUUUAUGGUUAUCAUGUUAAAAAGUAAAAUCUCGAGUACGCUAAACUCAUUAUUCUGUGCUUUUUAUAACCGGAAAUUAGUUCUUACUGCCUGGUUGAUCGACUUAUUUGAAGCGUCAAUAUCAACCUUUCGUCAUCGUUAACAAAUUUUAUUUAUGUAUCCAGUUUAUUAAUCCCCUCGGAGCCAACAAGCACAGUAUAAUCCUUACAGAGCUCUGUAAUACCUACAAGUUCGUCGGACGUUUAAUGAAUAUCGAAUUUAUUAAUAUCUUAGAGGAAAGUUCCAGAGCCGGCCCUGGGGUCAUAGCGGGGGCUUAACGCCAGUCCGCCCGGAGGAGUUCGCUAAGUAAUCAAUCGAUACCUAAUUAUUCCAAGCGUUUCCUUCCACUUUACUGUGUGUUAGGAUUAAGCUUUUCAGUUCUAGUUAAUUUGUGCUCUACAUUAUGAUUGAAAAGUGUAAAGGAAAACUGAUCUUUGCUAAUUUUAAAUAUUUAGGAUGUGUAUUAUGAUUAUUACAUACUAUAUUUUUUGUUUAGAAUGUUUCCGUUUUUUUAUUCAAAUCUAGGAACAUAGGUAACAUUAUUUAGGUCGUUCUUUCUAUCAAGUUGCCAUAAGGCAACGAUGGUCUAUUACCCUUAAGUCGAAAGAAAUACCUAUCAUAUUUUCAUGCAUUCAACACUAGCACUACGCUACUCCACAACGUUACAAUUGAAUCUAUAGAAAAAUGUAAGUAUUUACUUAAAAUUUACUCUUUAAUUGUGCUCUACGGAAGUGUUCGCUAGGAUACUCUGAAUGACGAUGGACAUUAAUUUCAUAUUUUCUGGUACUUCAAAACUACUUGUGAUACGAACUGAGCGAUUAAAAUGAGUGCUAAUGUUAUCUCGAGAUCUAAAUUGAAAGUUAAAUAUUCAAUGAAAUUUUACAAAAUUUCUUAGAUUGAUACUAAAAGGCAUUCUGUAAACACAAACUGCUUCCUCAGAAUACAGAAAAAACAGCUGUUUAAUUCCUAUAAUUUAUUAACUUUAUUGAAUAUUUAUAUUCAACGGCCGUCUGGUGUAGUGGUAAGUGACAUGGUCACUACACAAGGGGGUCGCGGGUUCGAAUCCCGCCAAGGGGAGAUAUUUGUAUGAUAAAUAUAAAUCUCUUUUCCAGGGUUAUGGAUGUAUAUUAAAUAUUUGUAUGUGUAUAAUAAAAAUCUUACAUUUAUUUCCUUUAUCUGGUACAUGUAGCACAAGUUCUUUACGAACUUAUCACGGGACCAGUUAACGUGAGGUGAUUGUUAGUAAAUAUUUAUUUAUUUAUUUAUAUUUAAUAAUAAUAUACACAUCACAGAAAAACUUAUUCAUUUUAAUACUACAAAAUUAUGUUAUUGUUAAUGAAUGUAAUAUGGAUGCAACAUCUGAAAUAAAUAAAAUAAAUAAAAA